GCGGGAGGAUCUCUCAUCUUUCUCUCUCUCUAUCAAUUUCACACCAAAGAGAAACAGGGGGGUGAGUUGUGACGUUGUGAGUGAGUGAGAUCGACUGAUAGUAAAUAUCUGAGAUAGAAUGAAAAUUGUUGGGAGCUCUUUUGGAAGUUUUCUCUGCGCGCUCAGAGAGUCAUCGUCAAAUCCAGAGUGUUUUGUGUGGAGGAAUCAUACAGGAGACCCCGAGUAAUAGAAAAAAAGAGCCCUCCACCACAUUAAAACAUGGCGGCGGUCGAUGUCGUACGCGGUGUACAUUUUUUCCGUGUGUUUGCAAUGUUAAUCCGACUAUUUUAGUGUUAACAAUCGUGUUCGAUCCAUUCGAUUUACCAACAAUUGUAGUAUCUUUCAUAAUUAACAAUAAGAAGACAUAAAGGAUAUUUCGUAAAAUAAAACAAAACCAAAAAAAAAUUAAAAUACAAAGAGAUAAUAUACGUAUCAAAAGCGGGUUUACUUUGAAAGCAUACUACAUAUAUACACCAUAACUUUUUUCUUCUUCCUCUUACCAACCCUCCAACAAUAACUAAAAAUUUAUUUUUCAACAUCAGUGAAUGAAUAAAAAAGUGUUUUUUUUAUCAAACCAAAAAACGGAAAAUUAUACAUCAACACACCAUACUUCAAUGUACAACAACGUAAAUAAAAGAAACACACUUUUUGUCAGUCUUCUCUGCGUAAAGAGCCUAACAUCUUGUACAUCAACAGAGUAUUAAAAAAUAAGAAAUGUGAUAAAAAUAAUAAGGUGAAAGCAUUAUUAUUGUCCCCUGUGCCCCCAUCUUCAAUCACCAAUUUCAUAAUUCUAUAAUACUAUGACAUAAUGCAUCAGUGAGAGGAAAUUCAGUUCUAACAGCUUCUGUGAAUUAAUUUUGGCACAAUCUUCAAAGUUUACCCCUUUCCCUAGAUCCUGUGGAAAUAUUUUUUCUCUUCGUCAUAUAUAUCUACCGUAUUCUGUAUUGUGCUUUAGCAUUAAACAAACGUUCUGUUUCAUCAUCUACGUUAUUUACUGAAAUAUUACAUUUUCCAUUGAACUCCUCUAGAGUUCCAUUUAUACUUUUAGAGUUCUUUUCACUUUCUCGAGGACAAAGUACUAUGAUUCUCUGUGUGAUGUACAAACACCAUAAGAAGCAAUUUCCACAAAUGUUUCGAUGAUAUUAAACGACGUGGUUGACAUUGAUAGUGGCAUAGUGGUGUAAUAAAAAUUGUAAUCCAAAAAAAAGGAAUUGUAGUUAUUGAGCCCCAAAAAACAAAAAAAAAAACUGCGUCUCUCAAUAUAAGAAAAAAAAAGCCAAAAAAAGCUCAGUGACAACAAGAGAAGAAAAAUUCUACACAACAAAAAAAAAAGAGAGAAGCUAUAUAGUGUAUAAACACAAAACGCAAUCGUGUGUAGUUGUGUAUGUGUAUGUGGGUGGGCACAUUAUAUAUGUACAUAGUGCUUUUUUGGGUUGGCAGAAAUAUAAGGGAGUCAGUGUGAAAAGCUCUACCGUCUGUGGUAGAGAGAAAGUGCAUGAAGUGGAGGGUAGUAGAAAGUAUAUCUAGCUGGUGUAAAGUGUAUGAGGAAUUGCAAGUAGGAUAUCUGCACAAGUUGAAAGAUGUUAUGGUCGUCGUGUUUGGAUCAUCGACAUCAACACCACCAGCUAAUAAUAUCAGCACAAAAGAGCGUCAGUGACACUUUUUCACCAGCAGCAGCAGCAGCAUUUCACCCCAAAAGGCGAAAUAAUCCACUAAACACCACCCCACCACCUACGCAACAACAACAGCAGCAGCAGCAGCUAUUUGAGUCCCUCGAUCUGGGCACCAAUUCUGGGGCAGCUGUAGCCCAAUUUUGUCACGGCUGUCGGUACAACCUACCCCAACGACAUCCACACCUACAAAAUUUAUUGUUACCAUCAUCAGAAAAUGUUGAUUAUGCUGCGAUUCCUGUGAAUCUGUGAUAUUUCGUAAACAAUCAACGAUGGAACUCGGCGUGCCACCGGAACUGGAGGAGUUAAUUUUGUGCAGUUGCUGCCAUUUACCAUUCAACGACACGGACGCCACACCAAAGUUAUUCUCAUGCCGUCACCACUUUUGCUUAAAGUGUGUCAAUUCGGUCCUCCUCAAGGGUGGCGAACUCUAUUGCGUCCACUGCUGGAAGCGCACUGAACUUCCGGCACCCGACAUGAAGCCGGAAAAUCUCCCCACGUACAAUGCUAUUCUGUACCUUGCAUCGAACCUCAACCUGUUGAACCUCAAGUCAAAGCCCCCCGACAAGGGCACACAUCAGAUUCAUACCACCACCAGUGGCACCAUUGGUAACUCCUUGGCGGCCGCGGCAGCUGCUGCUGCGGCCGCCAACAGUGCCAAGAUGAAGAAGGGUGAAAACUGCAUGACACACGCCAUGCCCAAUGCACUCUGGUGCCUCAAAUGUCACACGCUCGUCUGUCGAGCAUGUGCCGGAAGUGAGGAACACAGAAAUCACACCGUUAAGACACAACUUGAAGCCAGAGAUGCCAUUCGCAAUGACAUCGCCACAGAAUUACUAAGUAUGCAAAAAUCUUUGUCUGAAGUGCAGCAUCUUGUGCUUAAACAACGAGAUUUCCUCCUCAAAAUCCUUGAGGCAUGCACCUCACUCAAAACCCAGGUGGAGACUGAGCUCAUCAACCACCUGCCAACAUUUGAAAUUGCCGAGAUGCGCGAGAGUCUUGGCAAGGCAAAAAUCUAUCUCAAUAUGCUGGAACAGCAAACUCCAGCUGAUGCCUAUAAACUCUACACCACCCUCCACCUCGAGAAACAACGUUUACAAUCGAAACACCAAGAAAUGUUUCUUCAAUGUAAACUAGACGAUCUCAUACGCAACUAUGGGGUAUUGUUUGAUUUUGAACUGAUCAAACAGGCCCUUGCUACCCUUCACAGUGGUGAAACAUUCAAUUCCAUCACCAUGAACGGCAUGGGACACCACAAUCCUAUCCUUCUGCUGGCCAACUACUGCAUUUCCCAACUCUACUCCAGGCACAUUCUCACCAAUAAACACUCACAGGCUCUCGCAGCAGCUGCUGCUGCUAAUGGUUCAGUAUACCAUCAAGCAGGAACAUCACAAGCUCUCACACCCAGUCCCCAUGAUCCCGGAACACCCCAUGCAAAAUCCUUUGCUGAUCUCACAUCACCUAACAAAAAUACACAACCACAGCAACCACCACUGCCACCGGGAGCACCACAGCCACCGGUUGGUACUGGCAGCUCCUACGGACACCAUUCGGACGCUCUGGUGCCCGUUGCUCAAGGCCAAGGGCCCCAGCAGGCCAACCUACGACAUUCAACAUACGAGAUCAACGGCAUGGCCGUCCCUAUCUCCAUGAUGCAACACCUACAGCAACAGCAACAACAGCUGAGCAAUAGUCAAGCAUCAAUUCAAUCACCCCAGCCUCCCAUCUGUACUCCCACCGUUCACGUCUACCCCAUCUACUACUUCAACAUCGAGAUCAACGGCUCACCGUGCGGACGGAUUCUCAUUGAGGUACGAAACGACGUGGCCCCGAAGAUGGCCAAAAAUUUUGGUGCUCUCGCAACGGGUGAACUGGGUUUUGGCUAUAAGGGUUGCCAAAUUUUCCAAUGUUGGGAAAAUGAAUCAAUAAUUACGGGUGAUUUUGAGCUCAACAAUGGACGUGGUGGACGUUCAGUGUUUGAAGAGGGCUUCUUUAUGCCCGACGAUACCAAGAUACUCGCUAUACGCGGUAGUGUCGGUAUGCGACGUAGUCAAAAGAGGCACGACAAUAUGGGCCUCGUUGGAUCACAAUUUCGCAUUAUACUCCGCGAAAUGCGUGGUUUUACCGGUAUAUUUGCAUUUGUCGUUGAGGGAUUGGAUCUUGUUGAGAAAAUAAGUCAGGCAGGCGAUUCCGCGGGUAAACCGCAAAGUAACGUUGUGAUUGUCAACUGUGGGAAACUACAGUAGAAAACGGAUUUUUUUUUUUCGUUUAUAAUUCUUACACUUAUUAUAACUAUUAUACAAAGAAUUUUUAGUUAUUGUUUUUUUUCUUUUGAAAAAAAAAAUGCGAAAGGUAUGGUGAUUGGAUAUGUAUGAAAAUGGUCACAAUAAUGGUUGAUUGGUUUGUAGAGUGAUUCAAUAUUGAAUUAAGACAAAAAAAAAGAAAAAAAAAUCUAAUAGAAAAAAAGUGAGGAAGAAAAUCGUUAAUGUAUUGUAAAAAAAUUAUCCUAAAUAUAAUUAGUAGAACCAGCAACAAAUGUAAACGUGUUUAGAUGAAUAAUUUAACAUAUUCAAAUGAGAAAAAAAAACAUACAAAAUAUAUGGGACAUGAAUUUAAAUGGAAGGAAAAGACUUCAAUUAAUACACGACAAAACACCGGAAAGGAAAGUUUAUAGUACGAGUACAUUAUUAUUCAUAUUGGGCAAGAUAUAUAUAUAUAUAUAUAUUAUAUUUAUAUUACUGUAUAAGGACUAUACUAAAUUUCGGAAAAAUAUAUCUAACAUUUCAAAUCUAUAUACUUAUAAAGAGGAUUCGUUUUACGAUUUACGAAAAAAAAAUUGUGUGCAAUGCACAACUUUUGGACCAAAGUCAGAGACUUUGUACUUCUCUCUCUCUAUCGCUCUUUCUCUCAUUGCUAAUUGAUAUAAAAGGUAAUUUUCGUUUAAUUACCUAAAAAAAAACACAAGUUCUAAAAGUUAUUAUUUAGAUUAAAACAUAGAAAAAGAAAAACGCGCAAACGAUGUUUUGCUAAAAUUAUGGCAAUUCACCCAAAACUUCCUGCUAAACUAAACUAAAAACAAAAAACACUCAAAGUUAUCAAUUAAAACGAUUAAAACCAAAAUGAAACAAAACAAUACGGAUUACUAUUUAAGAUGGAUGUGUAUUCACCAUCAUAUUAUUAUUAUUAUUAUUAUAUACAGGGUGUAAUUGUCAAUAUAAUGUAAUUUUUCGUAGUUUAUCCCUCCGCAACAUAAAAUCCCCCCAAACAUAAAUAUACGUCAUAAUCAGACAAACACCACUACAAAAACAAACAAACAAAAAAAACUACAAAAGAAACAUAAUAAAAUACAAAUGGGAAAAAAUCGAAACACAUUUUCCUACUUUUCACAAUAUUCAGGAGAAAAUUGUCAUAAAAAUUUCUAUAUAUAUCAUAUAAGUUUAAUGGUAGGGCUCUGUGAAGAUGAUAAAAAUCAUGUAGAUACGGAUAUUACUAACAUCGAGGGGAGUAUUAUGCAAAAAAAAGCGUAUAGGUUUUUCGAUAGGCGCGCGUCAAAAUGGGAAAAAAUCGAGUUUCAUCCGAAAGAAAAUGUUUCCGCAAUUUCUUUAAAUUGUUAUUAAAUUUUUCACACAACACUUAAUUUUUUUUCGGAAAAAUUUAGCACACACGAAAAUGAGAGAAAACUCUUCAAUAAUUCUGUAUAAAUUAUAUUUCUUUUUUUUUUUUUUGUUUCUCUAUUCAACUUGCUCGACAAAUUCGAUAAUAUACUGUGAGAUACAAAAUAAUUUUAAUUUAAUUUCAUACACGUCUUUCAAAAUGAAAGCAGUAAUCCACAAAUGACUGUACAUGUAAUGAGAUUACGCAGUUCAAAAAUUUCAUUGACGGGGAAGUAAUUUUUUAUAAUUAUAUGUACGUAAUAGGUUAUGUCAUAGGCCGGUUGUUUUAUAAUGCAAAUGUCCAGGAGUAAGGUCCACUUUAAGUCAACGAACGACCAGAAAUUUCUAUAGACAUGGAAAAAUUUGUUGUUAAAUUUGGUUGAAUUUUUUUCGACUAAUAAAGCCUUAGAGUAAUACUUUGAGAACAGUUGAUAACGCCAUCUAUCGAUUUUUAUUCUCAAAAUGACAUUCCAGCGAACUUGCCAGAUAAUUGAUUUAUCUCGAGAUGAGACAAAGUUUCUGAAUCUAAUGCCCUAGACACACUUACCGCUUAAGCCGAGAGACGACUUAGUGGAAAAUGAUGGAAAUAUAGUUUGACCGUUAUUUCUAAUGUAAUUACGAUAAGCCGUGUCUAGGCUAAUCCUCAGGUCUGUCAAGGCCCUAAGAUACGGCCUACCCAGAAUUAUGGAAUAGGAGAACAAAGUGUCGAAAAAAGAUCUUUUAAAGGCUUGAUAGUGAUCUUUUUCCCUUACAUCCUUAUAAUUGCUCUAAAUUGGAUAAAAAACAUUUAAUAAGUUCAUGAAUUAUUGUACAUAUUUCAUGAUUUUUUCGUUCAUUUCCACGCAUUUUGACAGUAAAUAAUGAAGAACAAAAUCGCAAAACAAAGACAUGUCAACGGGAAAUUCAAAUUCAAAAGUAAUCUUUUUCCGAAUUUUUGGAAAUGGCAAAAGCUAACAUUUUUCCUCCAUGUGAAUCCCCCAUUAUAUUCAUAAUUUGUGUAAAUAUUUAUUUUCUGAAUAGAAUUUUGAUAAAUAUUUUAGAUGAGAUACGAAGAUAUUCUGAACUGACACUGAUUUGCAUGUAAACAUUGUCACAGAGUGGAGUAAGGAAGAUUAAUUAAAAUUUUAUAAUUAAACAAAAGCUCAAAAUCUCAUUUAAUUUUAUAUCCAAUAGAUUUUAUCGGCUGGACCGAAAUUUAACACAAUGGAUAUAUUUUGAGUACUUUUGCAAUUACGUUCACCAAAAAGAGCUUUUAUCUAAAUAAUUCUGUAUCUCACUGUAUAUUUAAAUAAAAAGGCAUCAAUGUAUAGAAGGAAUAAAAUAUUAAAUUUAGAAAUUAUUGUUAGUAAAAACACGUGAAAAUUCCGAAGAAAUCAUAGAAAAAAUGGAAAACAGAAAAAAAUCUUACAAAUAUGCAAAAUAUGUUCGAUUUGUUUUAAAAAAAAAACGAAAACAUUCCCCAAAAACGAUAUAAUUGUUCAAUAUGAUAAAAUGCAUUUUUUAGUCACUUUAAUUUCUCUCCAAAAAAAAACCGCUUUUACUGUUGAUAUUAAAAUGGACAAACACAAAAUAGUCUUUAUAUAAUAUAAAUAGUAUUCAGUUUACAGAUGACAUGUUAAAAAAAAAACAAACUACACAAAUUGUGAAACAAAUAAAUAAAAUGGUAUAGCAAUGCAAAUUUCAACGAGUCGAACACAUUUUCUAUUAAAAAUAAAAUAUUCAAUGUGAAUUUUUUUUUGUGUGUGUGAAAUAUAUUACAAAUGGCUAAUCGAUGUUUUCUACAACAAAAUAUAGAAAUUUAUUAUAUUAAAAAAAACUAUCCGUGUCUGUUAAUGCCAUUCGUACCUGUUAGCAAAGUAUGUAAUAUUUAAAUAAAAUGUAGCCACAAAGUGAUGGUAAGAAAGGAUUAAUUUGAUUCAAGAAUCACUUCCGAAAUAUUGAUAAAUACAAUUUAAAAAAAAAACCGUCAGCUAGAAACAGUUAGUGACGCUAAAAAAAUAAAGAUACAUAUAUCGAUAGAAAUAAGAUGGAAAAAAGUGUAUAUCUAUUUAGUGAGAAAAAAAAUGAAUAUUUUUUGUAAAGCUAUUAUACUGUAAAACCUUUGAAGUUAUUUCAAAAGUAAACUUUUGAAGAAAAAAAUAGCAUUGAUUGCGAUGUGAGAAGUCAAAGAUUGAAAAUCUUUUGUCAAUACAAGUGGACUUUUGCCACAAUAUAAACAAGUCUGGUCGUACUCAAAGAGUGCAAUUAAUAUUAUGGUCAUAUUUUCCUUUCUUUUCAUCUACACAACUAAUAUAUAUUAUAUAAUAAAGAAAAGCUAAAUAAAAUGCGAAAACAAAUAAUAUUGUAUCACUGUGAAUAAUUAUGCUAGAUUAAUGCUAUAAAUAAUUUAAUUGCAAAUGGAAUAAAUGAGUCAUUGUUAUAUUUGAAGAGCUUAUAUAUUUUAUGUUUUCUACUCUGCAAUUUUGGCUUAUCACUCAAAUAAAUUCUCCACUUCAAAAUAAAAAUAGUCUCUACCAAACAAAAAAAAAUCAGAUUCCAAAAAGAUAAUUUAAAACCAUUUAAAUACUUGACAUUAAAAAAAUAAAAAUUACAAUCAGAAAUUUCGAAAAGCAAAAAUGUUACAUUAAAAAAAAAAAAACAAGUAGAAAUUUCUCUAUUAAAAUUACGCUUUAAAUGCUUUAAAAGAAAUUGAUAAUUGUAAAAAAAAAAUAAUACUAGAGUAUUAAAAAAAAUACACUUAUUGUUAAUGUAAAAAAAAGUUAGAAAGUACAAUUUCUGCAAAUUAUUGAAAAGAAAAAUAAUUGAAAAAAAAUGUAUGAUCAUUGUUUGCUGCAGAAUAUUUUUGAAAUACGCGCUUGUAGAUAAAAAGGAUAAAUAAGGAAAUUUUUGACCACAAUGUGAUACACUAAAUUUUGGCUUUGCAAAAAGAGUUAUAAUAACACAAAUUUUAUUGAAAGAAAAAAAAUCAAAAAUGAACUAAAAAAAAGAUCUAUAAUCAAUAUUUCUCAUUGCUCUCAUCGAUGUGUAAUGUAUUCUCGAAAUUUUGAUUGAAUAAACAAAAAAAAACAAAAACACAAGAAAAAUGUAAAUGAAAAACCACCGGAAAUAAAAUGUAAGCGGUAUAGAGGGGAAGACGUCUUUCUUUUCGGGAAAUAGCGAGAUGGAAAACUUUUUAAAGAGGUUAAUUCAAAUUUGUAGAUUGAUGAACGAUAGAAAAAAAAUUGGUAAAUACGCAAAUUGAUGAGAAUCAUAACUAAGCUUAGAAUUCUAAAUGGUGAACCAUGUUUAAACAAUUUAUGUAUAACGGUUUGGGACAAUCGAGAAUUUAUAAAUGUGUAGAAAAGUGUAUAAUUAUUGAAGAAAAUAAAAUUAUGGGUACAAAACUAACUAGAAGAUGUAACGAAAUGAUUAGGUGCACUGAAUUUUUCUAAAUACUAUAUUGACGAAAAUUUUAUUUGACAUAAUAUAGAAAUUAUGAUGUCCUUUCCAAGAAAUACAAUUUCUCAGGACAAAGGGAUAAAGAAUUUCUAAAUUUCUCGCCUCCCAAGUGUGAAAUUAUAAGUAAAAUUAAAAACCCAGAACGGAAUUCAAAAAUCGUAAAUAGAAAAAAAAAUACUGAAAACGUAAGAGAUUCGAACCUGACACGAUGAUCGCAUCGAAGCCCAAGCGCUCCUAUUAAUCAAGCUACAACAAUUUGCUCUAGGUUCAUCCAAUUUUAAAUUUUAUUUUACAGGUCGGGUUAAAAGUUCUGAGAGCGAUACUUCUAAAUAAUUGAGAGAAUUGUAAAUUAUAGUGAAUAAUUUAGUAUUACUCCUAAUGGGUCUCGGUCAAAAUCCCGAAAUCCAAAAUUCCGAACGCCAAAAUCUUGAAAACCAAAAUCCCGAAUUCUUAAAAGUGUCAUAGCUACUCCCAGGAAUACACGGGCGCUUGCCGAAGGCAAAGAGAAAUUUUCUGUGUCUUGGGAAAUUAUUCUGUAUAUUAACUUGCAUAUAAUUUCAUGCCUUUCAGGAUUUUGAACAUUCAGGAUUUUGGCUUUCGGUAUUUUGGCUUUCGGGAUUUUGGCCCUUUCGGGAUUUUGGCUGCCUCCACUCCUAAUAUAUAUCUAUACCAAGCUUCAUUUCCAUCUGGAAAUUCUUUCUUAUCUUUCAAGGCAAUUGAAGUUGGUGUGACGAUGCAUUUUUCAAAAUGGAAAAACUUAACUUCUGUGCAGUAAAUAAGUCCUUUACUAAAUAAAAAAAUUAAAGACAGUGAAAAUCAAUUCCAAAAUGGUAAAAAUGCUAUAGGGACAUUUCCACUUUUAAAAUCAAUUGUUCGCAUUUGGUCACUUGAGUUUCAAGGUAGUCUGCAAGCCCUAAAAGUGAUAUAUGCAAGCAAAGUCCAAAAUGCGCAUUAACACAAUAAUCGCCCCUGGCAAGUUGCCUGAAAUUUGAAGCCACUUUCUCAUAUUUCGAUUUGAAUUUAUAUGAGAUUUUUUUUGCACUCGCGACCGUUACGCUAAAUAUCUUAAAGGUGAGAAGCUUUUCCGUAUUAUAAGAUACCUUUCCGUAUGGAGGGAUAAAUAUACUAAAUUUUUGUUUAAAUACAUUUUUUCCUCGGAGCACUGUGAGCUGAGUCCGAGAUCAAUUUAGGAUUUGGCUUCAAAUAGCACCAUAUAAGAAAAUUAACUAGCCACAUCCUUGCAAUAAUCAUUGAAAAAAUCCAAAUUAUUGUAUCUGUGUAGUGUGACUACGCAUUAAAUUGUAUAUUUUGAAUUUAUUUUGAUAUACUGGGCCAUUUCUACCCAUUUCUACAUUGUUCAGUUUACAAAUUUAUUAUUCAGUUUACAAUGUUUCGUGAAAAUAUUUAUUCAGACGCUUCAAUCAUUUGCACCGGGCAGGACUCGAACUCACAACCGUAACAGUCGAGCCGGGGUCACACCACCCAAGAGCCAAACGCUCUUAUCAAUUGCACCACGGACCCCUCGCGUUAAAUUGCUCAUAUUAUAGGUAUCACAAAUUAAUGUGUUACGAUAUAUUUUGGAAAAAUAAUUGUAUACGAAAAAUCUCAUUGAAAAAGUGAUGCCGGGUACGUAAUUUUUUUUACAAAAACUUGCUUCAACACUAAUCUGAAAUUCGAAUAUUCGAUCUACGAAAUGUUUGAUCAUCCGUUAUUAUUAACUAGACUUGACCUCCAGCGACAUCUGUCUGUCGAAAAACGUGAAUAAAUUUCUCCGUAGGCAACACUUUGACCGUGGUGUUACAUAUAAGAUUAAUAUUAAUAUUAUGAAAAGUCGGAAAGACAGGUAUAUAGUAUGCAAAAUUUCAAAUGGAAAAUCCCGUGUGUUAGAAAGAGUACACUUUAGUGGAGUAGUACAAUGAGUAAGAUAUUCCUGUUCGUAUUAAUUGCUUUCUGAAUCGUAUUACAGGCAAUUCUAGCAAUUUUCUAUGCGUUCCAACUGUGAUUCGGUCAGUUUUCGAGCGAAACACAAGAAAGAGGCAAAAUGAAACACUUGCUAUCUUUUUUUGCCAUUCUCGCAGUUCAGAAAGUAUUAAUCUUAAUAUUGUGGAAUCACUCUCUGGCAUCGUUAAAUAACCCCUCUUAGGAAUCCCAUUUGAAUUGGUACCAGUAGUGCCCUCCUCCGGCGGAUCCGGCUAUUCGAGCACUUUGUCACUUAGGGGUAGUUUUUGUGAGAGAGCCCGAUCAUUCUCUCGGUGACCGUGCUAGGGAAUAGAAGUGUAAAGUAGAGAGCGUAGUAGAGAGCGUGACAUUGUGUGCUCGGGUAGUAGGAUGCAAAGUCGCCUCCUUCAUUACUAUAGAUCGCGAGUGUUAUUAAGAAAUAAUUAAUUGUGGUCAGAGUGAAGCCACAAUAUAAAUCUUAAUAUAAAUCUUAUAUAUGACAUGGUCUGGUCACGAACCGAAUGAAGAAGCAAUAGCAGCCGUAGAAACAUAUUUUGCAGAUGUUCCAGAAACACGCUUAUGCCAUGGUUUAAAACUAUUGAAGGGUCAUUAGGUCAAAUAGGUCAAAGUUGUGGGAGAUUAUUGAUUAGAAAAAAGAGAUCUUAGAAUUAUGUAUUCCCUUUUUCCUGUCCGAUCUCAGAACUUUUCACCCGACCUGUACAAAAUAUUAUAUUUGAAUUAUUAUGCCCAACGCACAAUAACUUCUGUUUGUAAACAUAUUUUUGACUUAUUAAUGAGAGUCAAUGAGAUCUAGAUCUAGUCAUCUCACUCGCUUUUAAUGACAGUUUCAAAAACAUAUUUACGAAACAAGUUAUUAUGUGCUGGGCAUUAUGCCCAACGCACAAUAACUUUUGUUAUGUAAACAUAUUUUUGACAUUUCAGUGAGAGUGAAUGAAAUCUAGAUCUAGUCAUCUCGCUCUCAUUCAUAGGACUUUUUGAAAAUAUCUUUACAAACAAAAGUUAUUGUGCACUGGGCAUCAUGCCCAACGCACAGUAACUUUUGUUUGUAAAUAUGUUUUCAAAAUUGCCUAUGAGAGUGAGCGAGAUCAAUAGAUCUAGGUAUCAUUUCUCACUGAAAUAUCAAAAACAUAUUUACAAAACCAAAAAUAUUGUGUGCUGGGCAUUAUUCUUCGUUUUUGAUAAGGAAAUUAGAAAAAAAAAGAUCUAAAAAAGAAAUGUUGUAAAUAGCUAGCACUUCCUACACUUUUCGAAUAUUGAAGGUUCAAAUCUUCUGUACUUGCGUUAUUUUUUUUCUCAAAAUUAUGCCACUAACUAUUUGAAUCGUCCACUAAACUUAAUUCAUUAAGGUCAUUGGCAUAGAAUUUAAGCCCUGUCACAUGAAAAUAAUAAUAAUGCAUAUCUAUAAAUAUUACUUAAGACAUCAAGCCCCCUUGAAAUUAUUAUAUGACUAUUAUCGUUUAUCAAUUUUAAAUUUUCAAUAUGGUAUUUAGAAAGUUCAAUUGCCAAUACUAGAGAACACAAACUGAAUAUCUAUGAUAUAAUAGAAAAUAUGUGGAAACAACUCAAAACUAGUCAGGGAAACACAUGAAUUUACGCUCUAAACCAAUUCAACAAGUAUUGAAAAAAAAUAUUAAAAAAAAUAAAUAAAAAUAAAGAAAAAAUACCCAAAAAUAAAUCUCAUUAAGGUGAUAGAACAAAAAAAAAUGAGAACCCCGCACGAUAUCAUUUCAAAAGAUUGAAACAGACAACAAAAUACUUAGUUACACCUAUGUCGGUGAACAUGAAAAAAAUGCAUGAGAAAUAUCAACAUCCUUUCUUCAUUAACCCCUUCCACCCUCACGUCCUCCCAUCCAUUCUUAUGUAAGCUGAAACCCUUUCAAUUAAAUGGACUAAACUCGUAGACCCCCUCUCCCAAAAAAAAAUAAAUAAAUAAAUCGAAGUAUAUCGCAGUUUUUUGAAGAUGAAUAAAGAGAAAUGGAGAAUAUGAAUCGGGAAUAUAUAAGAACAAAAAAAAAAUAGUGAAAAAGUAUAUAUUUUUACAGAACACGUAACGGUUUUAGUGAAUGCGAAUUGCGAUUAACUCGAACGGAAAGCGAAAAAGUAACAAAAACUAUUUAUUAAGAAAAUAAAUUUAUUGUAAGGCCGGGCAAAUUCUCAUUUAAAAAAAAAAUCAAACAUGAGAAUUUGCGGUGAUUUUGCAAAAGUCUUUGCAAAAUCCACCAUGAAUGAAACUAAUAAAAAUAAUUAAUGUUAGUAAAAUAAAAAUACUAAAAAACAAAACAAUUGAUGUCCGUAUUUGUCAAGUAGAAAGAAAAAAUAUAGUAAAAGAAAAAAAAGACAAGAAAAUCGUUGUAAUAAAUGUAAAACACUGCAGCAAAUUAAUUUUAAGAACAAAAUAACUAAAUAUAAAAGAAAUAAUCGUUUAUCAUAAUUAAUAUCGAAAUAUUGAGAAAAAAAGAGAAAUAUAUAUUCAUACUACUAUGCUUUUGAGUGUAUACCAGAGAAAAAUAAACAUAAUCGUCUCUUCUUGGAAGCAUAGCCAAAACAAAAACUUGUUUCAAUUGACUCUGUGUUAUCAAUAAACUAAAAUGUAAACAGAUAGGAAAAAUACGUGACGUCUUCUUUCUUAUAAUCAAUAAAAUUUGGUUUUGCUGAUAUAUAUUAUUUUCAAAAAUAAGUGAUAUAUGAGUGAACUUUCUGUUCAUUUAUUUUCAGUUCCUUUAUUUCCUAAAUAAUGUCGUACGCACAUUCACUUUUAAUUUGUAAUGCCCAGCGCACAAUAUUGUUGUUUUGUAAACAUGUCUUCAAAAUUGUUUGUGAGAGCGAAUGAGAUGACUAUAUUUUCGUUUCAUUCAUUCUCACUGAAGUGACAAAAAUAUGUUUACAAAACAAAAGUUAUUGUGCAUUGGUAAUUGUUUUUAAAUAUGUAUUGCACAACGCACAAUAAAUGUUGUUUUGUUUACAUGUUUUUGACGUUUCAGUGAGAGUGAAUGAAACUGAGAUCUAGUUAUCUCGCUCUCUCUCAUAGGAAAUUUUGAAAACAUGUUUACAAACAAAAGUUAUUGUGUGUUGGGCAUCAUGCCUACUCUGAAAAAAAUAGGUUUUGUCAAAUUAACAAGACAAGUUUGUAAAAAGGAUGUUCUUCCACAUAGAAUAUGGAAAAGUUUUGUGAAAUCGACCGCCAACUGGAUCUUGUUAAAAAUUAGUCAAAAGGGUGUUUUUUCCAUAUGAAAGAAAAAGUUUUGUCAAAUUGGUAAAUAACAUCCUUUCGACAAAAUUUCAACAAAAUCCAUUUGUUCGUUUAACAAGACAGUUUUUUGGAGUAGCGCACAAUAACUUUUGUUAACAUAUAACAUGUUUUUAACAUUUCAGUUAUGCCCAGCUCACAAUAAUUUUUGUUUUUAAAUAUAUUUUCAAAAUUUUCUAUAAGAGUAAGCGAGAUGACUAGAUCUAGAUCUCACUCACUCUCACUGAAAUAUCAAAAACAUGUUUACAAAACAAAAGUUAUUGUGUGUUAGGCAUUAUGCCUAGCUCACAUUGACUUGUGUUUCUAAACAUGUUUUCAAAAUUUCCCAUGAGAAAGAGCGAGACAACUAGAUCUCUGUUUCAUGCACCUUCACUGAAAUGUCAAAAACAUAUUUACAAAACAAAAUUUAUUGUGCGUUGGGCAUUAGAGUGAAUAAGUAGAUCUAGUCAUCUCAUUCACUCUCAUAAGCUAUUUUAAAAACAUGUUUAGGAAAAAGGACCAUUGUACGCUAGGCAUUAGGCAAUGUGCCCAACGCACAAUAACUUUUGUUUCGUAAAAGUAUUUUUGACAUUUCAAUGAGAGUAAGUGAGAUCUAAGAUCUAAUCGUCUAGGCAGUUUUAUAAAAAUGUUUACAAAACAAAAGUUAUUGUGCGCCGGGCAUAAUGCCCAAAGCACAAUAACUUUUGUUUAUAAACAUGUUUUUAAAAUUUCCUAUGAGAGUAAGCGAGAUGAAUAGAUCUAGAUCUCACUCGCUCACAUUUAAAUGUCAAAAAGAUGUUUACUAAACAAAAAUUAGUAACUAUAACUAGUAAAAUAUAAUUAUAAUAAUUAGUAAAAUAACUUUUGUUUUGUAAACAUGUUAUUGAUAUUUCAAUGAGAGUGAAUGAAACAUAGAUCUAGUCAUCUCGCUCAUUUUCAUGGGAAAUUUUGAAAACAUGCUUACAAACAAAAGUUAUUGUGUGUUGGUCAUAACGCAAAAUGCCCAACGCACAAUGACUUUUGUUUUGUAAACAUGUUUUUGACAUUUCAAUGAGAGAGUGUGAGAUCUAGAUCUAGUCAUCUCGCUCACUCUCAUAGGAAAUUUUGAAAACAUAUUUACAAACAAAAGUUAUUGUGCGCUGAGCAUAAUGUCCAACGCACAAUAACUUUUGUUUUGUAAACAUGUUUUUGACAUUUGAGUGAGAGUGAAUGAAAGUGAGAUCUAGUCAUCUCGCUCUCUCUCAUAUCAAAUUUUGAAAACAUGUUUACAAACAAAAUUUAUUGUGCGUUGGGCAUAAUAACUGAGAUUUUUAAAACAUGCUUUUGCCAUAUCAGUUAGACAAAUUCAAAUUAAAAUCUAGUUUUCUCGUUUACUCUCAUAAAUAGUCUCAAAAACGUGUUUACAAAACAUGGUAUUGUUUCACAGUUACUUUGUUUUGAAAACACAUGUUUGACAAUUCAGAGAGAAAAAGAGAAGUAUGUCCUUCAAUUCUGACACAAAUCUUCAAAUGUUAUACCUACAAAUUAGCCUUUAUAUUCUAAUUCGUAUUUUAAAAUAGAUCUUAAUUAUAAAGUACUUUUUUAAAAAAAAUGACAGCAAAUGUCAAAUUUUUUCAAACUGUCACUAAUUUUAAAAUUGAUCACGCGAAUAUUUAAACAGAAUUUUAAAUACUGAAAUCUUGAGAAUUCUUGAGAAUUUUGAGAAAAAUUCUGAAAGAUUAUUAUCUUUUUACUCGAAACAAGGUUUUAAAAAAUUUUACAUUAAUUUUUUAAUUUAAAUCUUUAGGCUUUUUUAUUCCAAAAUUGAGGACUUACUUCUAAUAAUCUGGCCUAUUCUUGUGCGUACUCUCACUAUAAUUUUAAUUCCCUCCCUGAAAUAUUUCAAAGUACCUAACACGAUUGAAUACAGCGAUUGUAAUCUUUCAAGAAAUUACUUGGAAAAAAAAUAUGGACUCAUGAAAAUCAGAGAAACAGUAAAUUUUACAAAUAAAAUACUUUCUGUACAUAUUAAAUGCAUUAGGUAAUGGUAAAUCAAUAAGAUCGAAUGGGAAAAGUACCUCAAAAUGUAAAGAAAUAAAAUCUUUUUGUGCAAUUUACAACGCUAAAAAGUCAAACAGACGGAAAUACUUCUGUAAAUUCUAAGGAACAAGAGGAAAGUGUGAAAGAGAAAAAUUUGCAGUAAAAGAUAUUUAAAAAAACCAUACGGAGAGAUUGCAAAGAAAAUUUCCUACUAUAACUUUCAUAACGUAAAUUUUUCUUUAAGAUAUUCUUAUUUUUACUUUACGGCAUAGAAAACGAAAUAAAAUAAAAAUAUAAUAGUAAACAUGAUGAAUUAAAAAAAAACCCACCAAAGAAUUGCCAAUUCUUUUACAA